GUGAUAUUUGAGAUCAUAAAAUUGUAAGGAAAAUAAAUAGUUUAUUCGAUUUGUUGUGUUUUCAGUUACAUUGCAAAUAUUAUGUUUAUUUUAUUACAUAUCCUUGUUGUAUAUUUUGCGAGAGCAAGAGCGGAUAUAGUGGAGGAUGUGUCAAGAUAUUUUGAAUCGGCAGCUUUUAAUACUUUUCAUAAUGUAUGGGAACCACAAAGAAAAUUGUAUGAAGAAGCUAUUGAGCAGCUUUUGAAGAACGGAUAUGGAAAAGAUGAUCAACUCAGCAUGUUCGCCGCAAGACCGCUCAUGGACAUCCCAAUAUCAGAAGGUCUUUUUGUGGACGACAACGUCGCAACUGUUUUAUUCUCCGAUCUGCAUCUUCAGCAGUUGCCUCAACUUCUGGACUCUAAAGUAUCCUUCGCUUUUGCCUCUAACACUCUGGACGUGGCGUCACAGCUGUGGAAGAUGAUAAUAACGGCCAACUACGAGGUGUUUAUUGAGGACCAGCAGAAAUCUGGGGUUCAGGAUCCAUACAGGACCUCACCGUUCGCUUCACCUCAAGUGAAGAGACUGGGGAACGUUACGAUCAUAGCAGAGGAGUGUAAGGUGUCCGGUCACGUCCUCACCCGGCUUCACAACAUCUUGGUGGUGCUCGGACACGAUACUUUCCAAGUGUCCGACUGCAUUUUCACUGUUGAGAUUACGUCUUCGGAGUCCGCGGGCCCGCCUGUAAUAGCUCCAUAUUUCAAUACUAAGCAUGCCAGGGUUUUGGAGAAGCUACUAACAAAACCAAUUCGUCAGGAGCUAAGGGUAGCUCUGCAGGGUGCAAUGUAUCUAUACAUAAACAGCAGUGCGAUACUCGGUUUUAACGAGAAAGCGAUAAAGGACAGCCAACGAGAUAUUUUCAACAAAACGAACAAGGCUUUGAGCAAGUUUGCUAAUAUGGCAAAUGAGAAGACUAUAGCUGAUAACAGAAUAGCUACUGAAAUUAAACCUUUAACAAUUGUUUGGAAUAAUAUGGAUGGACAAACGGAGAAAUUGAAGGUGCGUUUCAGUGACGUGACACUUUACGGUCUGGACUCUCUGUACUCGGCGCAUGUUGGCGGGCCACUCAAGCAACUGGACACACUCAUUAUUUGUGAUACGCUGCGGUUCGCGUCAUUGUUUGUGCGAGGUCAAAUAAUUUUGGAUAAAAACGUGGACGUGCGUGUCUUCGUUGCCGAGCUGAAAGACGUGGAGUUGAGACUUGAUUACAACGUCAAGUCGUCGUCCUUGUCUAUAGAGACAGUGGGCUGGAGAACUUUAGAAGUUUCCUUAAUUAAUUCUGAGGAUUCUCCGCAAAGGUCGGUAGUUGUGGGCUACAUACACAGCAAGCUGGCUUCGACAGUAGAAAACCACUUGAAAACUGUGUACCAGAUCUCUCGAUCAGCAAAAUAAUCAAACAAAAAGUGAAUACACACUACACAGCAAAAACUAAUUUAAAGGA